UCUCUCAGAAAGACUGGAGCUUUCCCAAAAGUAUUGCUGCCAAAAAAUAUCAAAAUGCAUUUCUUUGGCUUGUUCAUUGUUUUGCUGGCCGUGUCCUUUCAGGCAAUGGUUAAUGGAGAGGACUGCAUUGAUACAAAGACGCAGGCAAAAGAAAUUGCAGAGUGCUGUGAUAUGCACAACCCAAUCGAUUUGUCCGUUGCCGAGGAGUGUGUCGAAAAGUACAAAGAUCUUUCCGGGGAAGAAUUGAUCGCGUGCAUCUACGAGUGCGUGGGCGACAAAACGGGAGUCAUUCAGGGCACCACAGUGAGCAAGGACAAGCUGUUGGAAAGUGCCAACAAUGUACCGGACGAGGAGAUGAAGAAGGUGGUGAUCGCCGCCAUUGAACUGUGCACUGAACAGGCUGCCAAAUUGGCUGAGGAAACUGCCAACCACAGCAUGAAGUGCAGUCCUUUUGCGUUCAUGGUCGGGGAGUGCAUCAUGCGGCACAUCUAUGCCGAGUGCCCGGAGAGUUUCUGGAAGAAAUCUGAUGUCUGCGAUAAAAUCAAAGCCGGAGUUCCAAAAUGUCCUCAGUAAAUGAGAAGUGACGACACCAAAAAAAAUUUCAAUAAAAUGUGUUUGAUAUAAAUAAUUAUAUUCUUUUCAUGAGGUACUGGUCUGUUAUUCGAGACCCCGUUUUUUGACCGGUAAAAAAUUUGAAAUUGAAAUAUUACUAGUGUCGUACUAUAAAAUGAAUCUAAAAGUUUAAAAUUAUAAUUCUCAAAUGGAAAAGGGGUUCAUUGCAAAAUGUUUCGGCUCUAUGUAAUUAAAUUUGACAAUUUCUGUUUUUAUGUGAAAAAAAAAUAGACAAUAAAUAGAGGGUUGAGCUAUUGCAUUCUACAAACUGAUUACAUCAACUAUGUUUUUUCGGGAACAGUUUUAACAUUGAGCACAUUGACAUUUGUUUAAUUAACGAAAUUUUUAUGUAAAAAAAUGCACGCGAUUUGGUGGUAGGUACAAAUUAUUAAAAAAACGUAUUUGAUGUCAAAAAGUUUAAAAAAGUAACAAUCAAGGCCGAGAUCAAUACUAUUUCAUGAAUAUUUUAACGACCUUUUUCAUUCCUGCAAUUACACAGAGAGGUCAUAUUUUCUUUUGGAACAUAUUUAUUGUAUUUUGGUUGAGCGUUUUAGUAGAGUAUAUUUUUUGUUACUUUGUAGAAUUGAAGUGGAAAA